AUGGCUGAUUGGGAAAAUAAGAAACAUUUAAUUACCCGAAACCUGCAAGAGGUGUUGGGUGAUGAAAAACUUACUGAAAUUUUAAAAGAGCGAGAUUUAAAAAUUUACUGGGGCACAGCCACUACAGGCAGACCUCAUGUGGCUUACUUUGUACCCAUGUCAAAAAUAGCAGACUUUCUCAAAGCAGGCUGUGAAGUCACAAUAUUGUUUGCCGACUUACAUGCAUACUUAGACAACAUGAAAGCUCCAUGGGAACUUCUUGUUCUACGUACCCAAUAUUAUGAAGCUGCUAUUAAAGCAAUGUUAACAUCUAUUGGCGUUCCUUUAGAGAAACUUAAAUUUGUCAGGGGGACUGAAUAUCAGCUCAGUAAAGAAUAUACUUUAGAUGUUUACCGUAUGUCAUCUGUGAUUACUGAACAUGAUGCUAAAAAGGCUGGGGCAGAAGUUGUAAAGCAAGUAGACCAUCCAUUGCUUAGUGGACUUCUCUACCCUUGUCUACAAGCUUUAGAUGAAGAAUAUUUAAAAGUAGAUGCCCAAUUCGGAGGUGUUGAUCAAAGAAAAAUUUUUACAAUGUCAGAAAAGUACCUACCACAGUUGGGGUAUGCAAAACGUAUUCAUUUUAUGAAUCCCAUGGUACCAGGAUUAACUGGUGCUAAAAUGUCUUCUUCUGAAGAAGAUAGUAAAAUAGAUUUAUUAGAUAAUCCAGCAAAUGUUAAGAAGAAGCUUAAAAAAGCUUUCUGUGAACCAGGUAAUGUGGCUGAAAACGGACUACUUUCGUUCACUAAACAUGUAUUGUUUUCUUUAAUGAAGGAAGGAGAAAGUUUUAAGAUUUGCAGAUCACCAGAUCAUGGUGGCAAUGUAGAAUACACAAAAUUUGAAGAUCUUGAAUUAGCUUUUGCAAACCAAGAGAUUCAUCCUGGUGAUUUAAAAGCAUCUGUUGAACUAGCUAUGAAUAGUCUUUUAGCACCUAUUCAAGAGAUAUUUAAAGAACCCAAGUUGCAAGAACUGUCUAAAAAAGCUUACCCACCCCCAGUAAAAGUAAAGGGAAAUGUUGCAAGUACUGACGAGGUUACACCUAGCAGAUUAGAUAUUAGAGUCGGCAGGAUUGUUGAAGUUUCACGACAUCCAGAUGCAGAUGCUCUUUAUGUGGAGAAGAUUGAUCUAAAUGAGGGAGAACCAAGAACAGUUGUGUCAGGACUAGUGAAUUUUGUACCAAUUGAGGAGAUGCAAAACCGUGACGUUGUAGUAUUGUGCAACUUGAAACCUGCUAAAAUGCGUGGUGUGGAAUCUAAAGGAAUGGUCUUGUGUGCAUCUGUCGAUGAUCCUAAACAAGUCGAGCCAUUACUACCACCUCAAGGCAGUAAGCCUGGAGACCGUGUUGUUGUUGAAGGCUAUGAAAAUGGUCAACCUGAUGAAGUGCUUAAUCCCAAGAAAAAGAUUUGGGAGAAAUUACAACCAGAUUUAAAAACAAAUGACAGCCUUUUGGCUGUAUGGCAAGGAAAUAAGCUUAUUAGUAAAUUGAAUGGAAAUGCAGUUACUACUAAAUCCAUGAAAAAUGCCCCUAUCAAAUAA